GAGCUGUUUCUAGUUUCGGGGGCGCCGCUGUUUGGUGUGCGGGUGGGGCAAGGUAUCGUCAGAGGAGAUGAGAGAGAUUAUCAGCAUCCACAUAGGCCAGGCCGGUAUUCAGGUCGGGAAUGCGUGCUGGGAGCUGUACUGUCUGGAGCAUGGGAUUCAGCCCGAUGGUCGCAUGCCAAGCGACACGACGGUAGGAGGUGGCGACGAUGCGUUCAACACAUUUUUUAGCGAGACGGGGGCGGGGAAGCACGUCCCGCGCGCCGUGUUCGUGGAUCUGGAGCCUACGGUGAUCGACGAGGUCCGGACCGGAACGUACCGGCAGCUGUUUCACCCGGAGCAGCUGAUUUCGGGGAAGGAGGACGCUGCAAACAACUUCGCUCGCGGCCAUUAUACUGUGGGGAAGGAGAUUGUGGAUCUGUGCCUGGACAGGGUGAGGAAGCUGGCAGAUAACUGCACGGGGCUGCAGGGAUUCUUGGUGUUCAAUGCUGUAGGAGGCGGGACGGGAUCCGGGCUGGGUUCUCUGUUGUUGGAGAGGUUGUCGGUGGACUACGGGAAGAAGUCGAAGCUGGGAUUCACUAUCUACCCGUCUCCCCAGGUGUCGACUGCAGUGGUGGAGCCAUACAACAGCGUGCUGUCGACUCACAGUUUGUUGGAGCACACAGACGUGGCUGUGCUGUUGGACAAUGAGGCAAUUUACGACAUUUGCCGAAGGUCGUUGGACAUCGAGCGGCCGACGUACACAAAUUUGAACAGGCUGAUAUCUCAGAUCAUAUCGAGUCUGACGACGAGUCUGCGGUUCGACGGCGCGCUGAAUGUAGAUAUCACGGAGUUCCAGACGAACUUGGUGCCGUACCCGCGGAUCCACUUCAUGCUGUCGAGUUACGCUCCGGUGAUUUCCGCGGAGAAGGCGUACCACGAGCAGUUGUCGGUGCCGGAGAUCACGAACGCGGUGUUCGAGCCAUCGAGCAUGAUGGCGAAGUGCGAUCCUCGUCACGGAAAGUACAUGGCGUGUUGCCUGAUGUACAGAGGGGAUGUGGUGCCGAAGGACGUGAACGCCGCGGUGGCGACCAUCAAGACGAAGCGCACGGUGCAGUUUGUGGACUGGUGUCCGACGGGUUUCAAGUGCGGAAUCAACUACCAGCCACCAACGGUGGUGCCCGGCGGCGACCUUGCGAAGGUGCAGCGGGCGGUGUGCAUGAUCAGCAACAACACGGCUGUGGCGGAGGUGUUUUCUCGAAUCGACCACAAGUUCGAUCUGAUGUACGCGAAGCGCGCUUUCGUGCACUGGUACGUGGGCGAGGGUAUGGAGGAAGGCGAGUUUUCGGAGGCUCGCGAGGACUUGGCGGCUUUGGAGAAGGACUACGAGGAGGUAGGAGCGGAGUCGACGGACGGGGGUCCGGAGGACGACGACUACUGAGGUGGGCGUAGGAGGGACCAGUUUGGCGAUGGCGAUGGGCAAGGCUCCCUGACUCGGGGAUGAAUGCAGCGAUUGGAGCUCCGGAUGCCUGGGUCGCGUGCGUGGCGUGACGACCAGGGCUGAAUGUUGUAUACUUUGUUGAAAUCUAGGAUUUAAAACCUUGCAGCUUUUAUUUCUCAUGUGAAGCAUAAGUACUGGUAGAGGAGUAGCGCAUGUCUUUGGUGCGAAGCCUUGUAACGUUGGCGAAACGUCGCUAUCAGUAUAUUUCACCGAUUUUUUCAGUGUGGA